UGAAACACAGUGGCUCUACUCCUGAAACACUUACCAUGAUUGAGAAGAUAAAACAGCAAUUGGCCCAGUUUGAGCUGGGAAUGCCAACAGCAUCAACCCGAAUGGCCUCCUCGGACCAGCAGACAUUGCCUGCUAGACUCACCGGGCACAGCAGAGCUAGGACUGUGGCUAGUGCCAAGAUGGCCAAUCAUAAAAACACGCCAGUGCGAGAGGUAGAACCUAUGGGUAGUCAGUUGGCGCCUGCCAAGGCUGCCAACAAGGCCAAAACUCUGAUGUCACUGAAGGCGUCCAUGGCAGAACAGGAUAUGGUCAAAAAUCUGCAAAAGCAGCAGACUCAAUACAAGCAGCAGAUCCGACAUCUGGAGAGGGAACUGAAGCGACUGAAGCAGAAUGACGUCAUGUCCUCGUGUGAACUCAACAUUGAAGACCUCCAAUUCAGCGAAGAAGAUUUCUUGGGAGACGGCGCCUUUGCGGAUGUGUUCUACGGGCUGUACAGUGGGAAGGGGGUGGCUAUCAAGCGCCUCAAGGGACUUCUGUCCUCAUCCGAUGAGUCAUACUUCAAUGCCGAAGUGUCCCUUCUGAGGGAAUUGAGACACCCCAAUGUGGUGUUGCUGUUGGGCGUGUGUAGAGACAGAGAGGGAAGACCUCUGAUGGUGUUGGAGUACAUGGAGAAUGGCAGUCUGUUCAGUGUGUUGCAUGAUUUCGAGAGAUCGGGCUUGGACCACGUGGCGUUUUACCAGAUCUCGAAGGACACGGUGAUCGGGAUGAACUACCUUCACAAGCACAAGCCAGGCCCAGUGCUACAUCUAGACCUGAAGAGCAUGAAUGUCCUCCUGGACGAGUACGGAAAGGCCAAGAUUGCCGACUUUGGGUUUUCAAAACUAAAGAGCAACACGGAUAGUGGGAGUGAGAACCAACUAUCAGUUGAGAGCAGGAAGGGAUCCCCCGCCUGGAUGGCACCUGAGACCCUGCAGCAGGGAAAAGUGUCCACCAAGAGCGACGUCUAUAGCUUUGGCAUCAUCUUGUGGGAAAUGUUGACGAGGGAAAAGCCGUAUGAGGGCAUGGGACUGUUCCAAGUCAUGGAAGGAGUCGCUAAAAAGGGACUGAGACCGGUUAUCCCCGGAUGGGUUCCAAAAGAGCUCACGUCGUUGAUCAACCUUUGCUGGCAUGCUCAGCCCUCUCAAAGACCCUCUUUCCAGGAAGUGCUGGAUAUUUUGGACAACUUGCACCUACCUCCGGAGUGGAAGAGUCUCCUGGACGCAGCAGGGGUUCCACGAAUUGUUCUCGAGGACCCAGAAGUGACAAGAAGCAUCGUCGAGUUUGUUCAUCUUUCUCUAAACGUAUCAGACAGCAGUAGCAGUAUUCCAACGAGCGGAGGAGGUUUAUCUGAAUCAAUGAUAGAUCAGGAACGACAAAUGAUUGAUCUAGAAGUGGUGUCGGCGUUUGAGAUGCUGACCAGAAAACAAAAAGAGAAGUCUUACCGGACCUUGGUUCCAGCGCUCAGCAGUUUGGCAAGUUCAGUCGGAGAUGAUCGAGAUAGAAGUGAUGUGAACAAUGAUAUUAGCGAUGUUUGGGAUAUUCAAGUUCAUUCUACUCCAGUUGCGGAAGAUUCCGACACUCCACGUGCCCUAUCACAAAUGGAAAAAUCGAAGGAAGAUCUAAAGAUAACUGAAUUGUAUACACAUGAAAGUAGACCCCGCACUGUGAUUGGUAGUUCAGCUGAGCCGAUCAGAUCGCAGAUAUCAGAAGAUGUUUUGCGCAACCAGAAAGCCAAAUUGAGACCGACUACUGUGGCACCGCAUCCGAGCCAGUUAGCCAAUCUGGCCUCAGUGGACGAGGGCAAGCUGAACACAAUUGCAGCUGUUAUUAAACAGGCGUUGAACGACCGAAGGGAGUUCAUGUUGGAUGACACGAGUAGUGAGAGAGGGGAAGACGACAGAUCCUCUAUGAUGGGAGGAGACACAACACGAAGAACGGACGAUGACGUCACCAGAAACAAAUGAUGACUCAUGAAGUGUUUUAUUCCAUUAGAUACUACGUUCGUGAAAAAGUCAAAUGAUCCAUCCCUCUGCAGUCAGAUUUUAGAUUUUGUUACUCCCAAAAACUUAUCAAAACACUCAUCUUUCUCGAGGCGUGAAUAAAUUGUGUACAUAAUUGUGCGAGCUGUAAUUUUUGUAGAUAUGUAAAUAGUUGUAGUGCUUUGUAGCUAUAUGUAUGAUAAAGUUGAGAUUCUAAUUUAUCGGAUAAAUGG